UCUGACUUGGUUGAAUGGAAUUUGGGUCAGCCCACUGCGCGCCAGUUCCACUUUAAUAGGGGGGGACGCGUCGCCUUCUUAGGCCUGUAUAGUACUGUGGCGUUCAGCGGCGUUGUGGUAAACAUCCCGGGUUAAAAGCUAAGACUGCGCGCAGUCUCCAGAAUGUAAGAACUCGCUGUGUUAAUUGGUGUUUAAGGCCAACAAGUGACCGAGUCGGGUCCCCACCUCUCCGGCUGGCCCGAGUGAGUGACUCCGGAUCUAUUCGCAGAAGCCCCGGACCGACUGCUCCGGAUUUGGCCAAGCGCAGAAGAACAGCUGCUGCUCUGAAGGUUUUCGUGUUUUCUGGAGAGGGCUAUAGCUGGUCAUGCUGCGCGCUGGGAGGGAUUCGGUGCGCUCCCCAAGGCACUGAGAGCCAUGGCCGAGGACUACUGGGAGCACACGGUGGCUUUGGGACAUUGCUAAGAUUACAAGGGCACGACGGGAUCUCGUCCACAGGGGCAACUGAACAGUGGCUGCCCCUCCACCCUCCUCGUCUCGGCCCCCCCUGCCCCCUCUGAUGGACCGCAUGAGGAAGAUCAAACGGCAGCUGUCCCUGACGCUGCGGGGGGGCAGCAGUGGGGAGAAGAGCCUGAACGAGACCAUCAGCUCGCAGGACGCAGGAGCGCACAGCGACUCCGAGGCCAUGCCAGGUGGGGGUAGUGCCGGUCUGCGUGGGUCAGUGAGAGGAGCGGGCGGCUCCUUCAGCAUGCACUCACUCCUGCAGUCCUACAGCAGCGCUCUCCGCCGCCCGCGCAGCCUGGGCCGCAGCCUCAGCUCCUAUCUCAACCACACCACACGCCUGGAGAUAGUCCAUGAAGAUGUGAAGAUGGGUUCUGAUGGAGAAAGCGACCAGGCUUCGGCCACCUCAUCUGACGAGGUGCACAGUCCGGUCCGGGUGCGGCUCCGGAACAACCCGGGACGCAAAAUUUCCACUGAGGACAUUAAUAAGAGGCUGUCUCUGCCGGCUGAUAUCCGGCUGCCGGAUGGUUAUCUGGAGAAGUUCAGUUUGAACAGCCCGCUGUUCGACAAACCGCUGAGCAGGCGGCUCCGCAGGGUCUCUCUGUCGGAGAUCGGGUUUGGGAAGUUGGAGACCUACGUGAAACUGGAUAAACUAGGGGAGGGCACGUAUGCCACGGUGUAUAAGGGUCGCAGUAAGCUCACUGAUAACCUGGUGGCUCUGAAAGAGAUCCGCCUGGAACACGAGGAAGGAGCUCCCUGCACUGCCAUCAGAGAGGUUUCUCUGCUGAAGGAUCUGAAACAUGCCAACAUUGUGACCCUGCAUGACAUCAUCCACACGCAGAAGUCUCUGACGCUCGUGUUUGAGUACCUAGACAAAGACCUGAAGCAGUACCUAGAUGACUGUGGGAACUGCAUUCACAUGCACAACGUCAAGCUCUUCCUCUUCCAGCUGUUGCGAGGGCUGAACUACUGUCACAGACGCAAAGUUCUCCAUCGAGACCUCAAGCCCCAAAACCUCCUCAUCAAUGACCGCGGGGAGCUCAAACUGGCCGACUUCGGUCUGGCUCGGGCCAAGUCGAUCCCCACCAAGACCUACUCUAACGAGGUGGUCACACUCUGGUACCGCCCACCAGACAUCCUCUUGGGCAGCACAGACUACUCAACCCAGAUUGACAUGUGGGGGGUUGGCUGUAUUUUCUAUGAGAUGGCUACGGGUCGGCCACUGUUUCCAGGAUCUACAGUGGAGGAGGAGCUGCACUUUAUCUUCAAACUGCUAGGCACGCCUACAGAGGAAACUUGGCCUGGAAUAACCUCCAAUGAGGAAUUCAUCUCCUAUAACUAUCCCCGCUACCGCGCUGACUGUCUACACAACCACACUCCCCGGCUGGACAACGAUGGAGUGGACCUGCUGUCCAAAUUGCUGCAGUUUGAAGGAAAGAAGCGCAUUUCUGCAGAUGAAGCAAUGAGACACUCGUAUUUCCACUGUCUGGGAGAGAGAGUUCUCACACUGCCUGACACUACGUCCAUAUUUGCACUUCAAGACAUUCAGCUGGAGAAGGAGACAGGCAUGAGGACGACCUCUCUAUCUGACUCCGUCAACAGCAUAUCUCAGCGGCAGAGCCUGCUCUUCUGAUCAGCGCGAGGGACGAGGACUCUGAAGACGAGUGAAAGAAGAAGUAAAAGAGGAGGAUGAACGGAGAGACGUUUCUGUGUGCGAUGAUGAUGAUGAAGGGAUCCCUGUUUUUCAUUUCUUUGAGUCAUUACUGUCAUGUGGCAUUGUGUCUUUAGAAAAGGGGGGUCACUAGAUGUUUACAUGGGAAGAUUGAAGAUUUGUUUGUUUUUGUUUGUAUUUAUAUUGUUUGUGUCAAACGAUUAUGCACUCCCUUUUGCCUGUACAUGUAACAGUCAUGCUCUCUCUUCCCACUACAUCAUGUCAGUUUUAACACUAUAAAUGCAGUACACUUGCAGUUGGUUGCUGACGUGCCGUUUGGUUCGAGCUUGGCUUUGUCGACUUGGAUCGGCUUUAAAGGGGAAUUUCACAGAUUUUUCAAAAUGUCUGCAUGAUUUUAAUCAUUUAGAUGUAAACAACAGAUGUGGUGUGAAAUGGUUUGUUGUGAAAAAGGUUAAAGGCUCAAAUUUCUUUAAAGUGGCGGUGAUAGGAGCCAGAGGUCGAGAUCUCUACAGUACAAAAAAUAGCCAUUUUAUUUACUAAUUUGAAAGAAUGUGGGUUUUUUUGAGGUUUCAUUUUACCUUACAGCACUUUGCUUGUACCUCUUUGCCAUCAAUGGAUUUUAAAAAUCUAUGUUUUAAGCUAAAACCUUCUUAAAACUAUUGUAAAACAGAGUCUCAUUCAAGAGGCAGUGGAUUUGGCCAUUUUGUUUCAGUGAUGAAGCUUUUAGGGGCAUUAAAUGCUUCAAGUGUUUGCUUCCUAUCACUGCCAAUGUAAACAGUUCUGACUCAGUAGUUUUCUCUACAACAUUUCACACCAAACCACUCUGAAUAACCUUGUUUACAUCAGUUUACUUAUGCAGAAAUUUUGAAAAAUGGGUGGAAUUGCUCUUUAAGGGUCAGAUUUAA